AUGAAGUUCUCCCUUGCCACCAUCAUUGUAUGCGCUGCCAUUGCAAACGCAGCUGCCUUCCCAGCUCCAGAAGCCGCAGUCGGAGACCCAAACGCAGUCAUUGCACCUUCCGUUGAAACUCAUUUCAGUGGACAGUUCGAUGCCACUGGAGCUUUAGUCGCCAAGGAGGACAAUGAAACCGAUCAAGCGCUUCAAAAGCGUAUUGCACCAGUGGUAGUCGUCGCUGGAAUUGCCGCAAUCAAGGGCAUUGCCAUCUUGACCAAGAUCGCCGUUGAAAUUGGACAACAGACUAUCGCCAACCUUGGGAAAUGGAAUGAGACACGUGAGAAGUUCACUCAAGCGACUACUCUUGCGAUGUGGAACAGAAACCCGGAUUACAACAAGUUCCCUGCUGUUGCCUGCUACAACAAAGGUUAUCAUCUCCGAAAUCCUAGUGGCCAGGAUGGAAGAGUGUCUGCCAAACUUUCUCUUGGUAUGCUCAACACUGACUACGAUUGCUUGUAUAUGACUGGAAACAACGCGUUCUAUACCCAUAACGAAGGUGGAUAUAUCAAUCUUUCCUACAGAUAUAACGGAGGCCGAUGCACAUUCGACAAGCGCACCGGUGACUUGACCUGCAGAUAG